AUGGGAAAAUGUGGCCGUUGGCUGGCGAGGGAAGGUGGAAGCACGCAGACCGGAAAUGUGCUUGUUAAAUGAAAAGAAUGGCCAUGGAGGGCGUUAAUAUGCCUUGGGUUGAGAAGUAUCGUCCCAGCAAAUUGGCCGAUCUUGUUUCGCAUGAAGAAAUCACUUCGACUGUUAUUUAUAGUAUCAAAAUUUGUUAGCGAGAACCGCUUGCCGCAUUUGCUAUUUUAUGGUCCACCGGGAACGGGUAAAACGAGUACAAUUUUGGCGGCAGCGAAAUUAAUGUACACUCCGAAGCAGAUCGCUUCAAUGGUGCUUGAAUUGAAUGCUUCGGAUGACCGCGGUAUUGGCAUUGUUCGUGAACAAAUACUAAAUUUCGCUCAAACUCGAACGCUUCAUGCAGAAGAGAAUGGCAGAAAGAAUAUAAAAUUAAUCAUAUUAGAUGAAGCUGAUGCAAUGACAAAAGAUGCUCAAAAUGCCUUAAGGCGAAUUAUUGAAAAAUUCACCGAAAAUGUUCGUUUUUGUAUUGUUUGUAAUUAUUUAUCAAAAAUCAUUCCCGCAUUACAAUCGAGAUGCACACGAUUUCGGUUCGCUCCACUUAAAAAGGAUCAAAUCGUACCAAGGCUUCGUUUUAUUGUGCAGUCUGAAAAUUUAGAAAUGACUCCAGAUGGUGAAAAAGCUUUAUUGAAACUAGCUGAAGGUGAUAUGAGAAGAGUCAUCAAUAUUCUACAGAGUACUGCAAUGGCAUUUUCAAUUGUCAGUGAGAAAAAUGUAUACCAAUGCGUUGGGCAUCCAAUACCCGACGAAAUUGACGCAAUAAUCAAAAUCCUUUUAAAUGACACUUUCUACAACGCUUUCACAAAAAUUGAGAAAAUAUGUCGUGCACGUGCUUACGCUCUGUCGGAUAUUUUAUGCGCAAUGCAUGACACUAUUUUUCAACUGGAGGUGCCAUCUGAAAUAACAGUUUUGUUAAUAAGUCAGAUGGCGGAAAUAGAAUAUCGACUUUCUCAGGGCUGUUCAGAUUGUAUUCAGCUAUCUUCACUUAUUGCCGUAUUUCAUGAAGCUAGAGAGAGAAUUACAGAAAUCGCACAAUCACCUUAA